AUGGAGAAACAAAUGUAUGAAAAAGAAAUCGGAUCAUUGAACCGAAUUAUAAAAGAACUGGAGGAAAAAAACAAAUUAUUAUCUGAAAAUUGCGAGUUACUAAGGGAGAAAGUGAAAAGUCUUGAAAAAAAUCCAAUGGAUAAAGAAAAAAAGAACGUGGAAAAAAACAAACAAGUUCAUAGUUCCUCUUCUUCUUCUACUGUGGCAGUCAACAGCCACAAGGAGAUAGUCUCGAAAGAAAUAAACAAACAAGAAACCACUGUUACCAAUCUAGAAACAAAAGAUGAUACAUCAGAACUACAGAUGUCAAACGAAAGUAGUUCAGAUGAAACUUGGUCACAAGUAGUCAAAAAGAAAAACAAAACAAAGAAUAUAACCAAUAGACCAGAACCCCUAAAGGGCUGUAACGAGGAAAUAACAUUAAAAACGGCAAGCGUCAGUUUUGAUCAAUAUGAUCCGUGUAAGCCUGCUGUUUUAUGCAGCGGAUGCUAUAUUAAACUGAAUCAAGGAAGCUUGGAUGAAAUUGUGGAUUAUACAAAAUUAAAAAAUUUUGUUCAUCCUAACAGCACGCGCCAGGACUCUGAUUGCCAAUGCAAAAUAUGCCAAGUUGCCAGGUUCAGGUUUAAUCCAAAGGGGCCCAGAAAAUUGCCUUUUAAAUUUACUUUAAAAAAGCUUGCUGUGGGGAGACCUUUAAAGCAUAACAACAAAAUUAAAAAGGAUACCAUUAAAGUGUGCUCUAUUUGCACAGGUAUAGUCAAACGUGGAUUAAAACACAUUUGUACCGUUUCAAAAAAAAUAGAAAAUAUCGCUGGUUUAGCAAAAAAUUGUAAACAACAAGUAGCAAGUACGAUAAUCUUAAAGGAAGAGCUUGAGCAAGGCGAUUCUUCUAUUUCUUUAAAUAAAGGUAGAGGCUGUCACAUGCAAAUUAACGUUUUGCGCAAAGCGAAUACAAAAGCUAAUCCUGUAAUCACAUCUACCACCCUUAGGGAAAUGCAAAUUGAUUGCAAUCUUCCGGUGAGCAGUGUUAAAAAAAUUGUCAGUACUCUGCGCAACGUAGACAAGCAUUUGGUUGAAAAACAAGCAAUUCCGAAGAUCCAGGAAUGUUCACAUGUACUCGACCAGUAUUUUGAUGGCAUGUUUUUGCCAAAUGUGGAAUUAUCCAAAAAACAAUUUGGUUUGUCACCAUUUGUAUACUGCAAUAAUUUAUCACAACUGGUAGCAUACAUACUGGAUAAACGUAUCUUAGAUGAAAAUUUCCAUCUUAAAAUUGGUAUAGAUGGUGGGGCGGGUUCCCUGAAGAUAUGCCUUAACAUUUUGUCAGAUGGUGAAAAUAGUGUAGAUGGUGCUACAGAAAAAUCAAAAAAUUCAGGCAUAAAAAAAUUAAUAAUUAUCGGUUUAGGUCCCAAAAUGAUAGAAUCUUAUCACAAUAUAAAAUAUUUAAUGGAAACUAUUGAUAUACAUACAAUUAUAGGACUUUGUCCAUAUACGUUUGCAUCAGAUUUUAAAUUAAUUAUGAUGAUACUUAGCUUACAAUCAAAUUCCUCUGCCCAUCCAUGUCCUUGGUGUGAUGUGAGUUGCACAAAUCUGGAAUCUAAGGGCAUCAGUCGUACCAUUCAUACCAUAACCGACCAGUAUCAGCAAUGGCAGUCCAAUACAAAUGGGGAUAUUGCCAAAGCAAAAUACUAUGGCAAUUGCACGAAUAUUCCGCUUAUUGUUGGAAAUGAGCAUGAACCAGUUUUAAAAUAUAUCCCCCCACCCGAGCUGCACCUGCUUCUGGGAGUGGUACAAAAAAUUUUUGAUCUGCUUAAGACUGAGAUACCAGAAAAAUGUGAAGAGUGGGUGACAGUUUGGUGCGGAAUUAGUGCAAAAAGGGACAUGUUGGAGAACUUUGAGGUGGAAUUGGAAGAGGAAGACCGGCAGAAUAUGUGGUUCCAGCAAGAUGAUGCUGCAGCACACAACAGAAAAACAAUGAAGAUUUUGAGGCGAAUGUUUCCAGGUCGUGUGCUUCAAUGA